CCAGGAAGGAUGGUACUCUGAACUUUACUGACUUACGGAGAAGCGCACAGAGGACCGAAUUUCUCUUCUCUCGUCAAUCAAUCCCUCUUGCCCUCCUCAUGAUGAAUCCAUGGCUCUGAUCAAGGCCCCUGCCAGGGCGGUCAACGACCAACAGGGAUUCUUUUCUUGAAUUCUGCCGGAGACGCGAUCGCAACCCCGCCAUCUCCAAACGUACAGAAAUAUUUCUCUGUUGCUGGAAUCGUAUUUAGAUUCCAAAGGAUAUAAUUCUGACUUGCUGACUCCAACCAACGUUCCACACGCAGCGCUUUAGCCCAAUGGCAGCCUCACCAGAAGGCGGUGCUUGGCACACGGUAGCCCGGCGCAAAAAAGGUCCUCGCAGCAACAACAACCCCCACACGGCCUCGCGACAGGCCAAAGCUGGCCUCGACCAACCCGACGCACGAUCAACAUCUGCCAUAAAUCCCAUCAUCAAAAACGGCCGUCUGCAGGAGCCACCGAGCACACCAGAACAGCACCAGUCAGACCUCGCAGAAAUUGACAGGACGUACGCCCGUGUCCGCACCGCUUACAUCUCCAGCGCCAGCUACGCCGCACUCGAGGCCCUGGUCCGCGCCCACGCGGCCAGUCACGCACCCAUCACGCGCGCCAUCUGCCUCGGCAACGGGCCGCUUCACGCCCCUGACUCGAGCUGGGACAGGCGGCGGGCCGCCAACAUCCAGACCGCCACGUUUCUCGCGCUCGUCGAGCUCUUGGCCGGCGACUUUGUCGUCGGCAGCAGCGGCGAUGACAAGAGACCAAGGAUCCGCUGCAUCUUACAGGAGCCCCUAUAUACCGCCGCGGACCGGGAGUACCUGACCACAACGCUGGGGUGUGAGGUUGUCGACGACCCAGAGGCUCUCGAGCACGUCACCGAGGAUUCGCUAGUCUGGGGCGUGCACAUGUAUCACACCGUCUACGGUGACAUCCUGCGCCGGGUGGCCGAGCCGGCGUUGCUUGUGGGCACGCCGUGGGACGUCUGGGAUGCGCUGCCGCCGGACGAGGAUGGGCGGGUCGCCGAGUCGCUAAAGGGCCUGGCCGAGAUUGAUGCAUCGGCCGAAUAUGACCUUUUCACAUUCCCGCAGGACGAGGGACACUUUACCUUCUGUGACACGGGGAUAUACUGGAGGAAAGCUGGGACGGCAACUGCACAAAAGAAAUCUCAUAUCGCGGAAACCGCUGUGAGCGAAAAGGAUGGCGCAGCUGAUCUUCCUGAGCAAAAAACUCAGGGGUAACAUGAGUGCUCCUCGCCCUCAAGACUUUUAUCCCACAACACGUGCCAUGCAAACAUAUAUCUUCGUAGGUUUGGCCUGAGUGCCAUUCUUCCUUGAUUGGACCAUCUUUGGGUGUCGUUCAAAUCCGGUAUCAGUCACCUGAAGUAUGUGGAACUGCCUCAUCGAAUUGGGAUAAGACAGCAAACCCAGGGCAAAAGUGCCACCACUUCCUUUAACAUUGCGCGCAGGUAAAUUGGUUAGCAUUUUGGGUUGUGUGACACAAAGCUAAGCCUCGGCAGCUUAGUGCAUAUCCCUCAAUUGCCUCGGACUGAUUAUUUGCCGACCUGUCAAACUGCUAAAGAGUAUGUGAGACAGACGGUUACAUCCAGCGUGCUUGUCUCUACUACUGCUAAAUGUUCUCAUUGGACCACAUUCUUUCCUCAGCCGCUGCCUGUCGAGUAACGCCGAACAGGUUGCAGGAAGGAAGUGCAGGUAGUCUAACUUCGAGAGGGUUAUACAAGCCAUUGUACGUCUACUAUGUUGGCUCUACUUUUACUUCUGCCAGGGAAUACGUAACUACGAGGCUUCAAUUAGUCAAAUCAUAUGAAUAAGGCCACUUCAGGGCCACCACAUGAGCCAAGACGACAAACAUGCGACUUCUAGCGUAGAUUCUAACCCACAGCCCCCAGUAGUUUUGAUGCAACAUCAAAUCAUCAUCAUCAAAGCAAUCACCAAUGGAUAUAUGCC